CAAACAGCACAGCACAAUAGUAGCUGCCUACCCGUGUGGGAGUGAGAGAGCCUGGUCGGUCUCUCUCCCUCUCUCUCUCUCUCUGUGUCGAGCCGCCGCCGCUGCUGCCCGAGAGAUCCGGCGGGCGGGCGCAGUGGGUGGGGGAGCCAUGGAGGCGAGCGCGGGGCUGGUGGCCGGUUCGCACAACCGGAACGAGCUGGUGGUGAUCCGGAGGGACGGGGGCGCAGGGGCCGGCGGCGCGGCGCGGAUGGCGGAGGCGCCGGCGUGCCAGAUAUGCGGGGACGACGUCGGCGCGGGCCCCGACGGGGAGCCCUUCGUGGCGUGCAACGAGUGCGCCUUCCCCGUCUGCCGGGCCUGCUACGAGUACGAGCGCCGCGAGGGCUCGCAGGCAUGCCCCCAGUGCAAGACCCGCUUCAAGCGAAUCAAGGGCUGCGCGCGGGUGGCCGGGGAUGAGGAGGAGGAAGGCGUGGAUGACCUGGAGGGCGAGUUCGGCCUCGACGGCCGGGAGGACGACCCGCAGUACAUCGCCGAGUCCAUGCUGCAUGCGCAGAUGAGCUACGGCCGCGGCGGCGACCCGCAGCCGUUCCAGCCCAUUCCCAGUGUGCCACUCCUCACCAAUGGCCAGAUGGUUGACGACAUCCCGCCGGAGCAGCAUGCGCUGGUGCCGUCGUACAUGGGCGGCGGCGGUGGAAAGAGAAUCCACCCGCUCCCGUUCGCAGAUCCGAGCCUUCCUGUACAACCUAGAUCCAUGGACCCGUCCAAGGAUCUGGCCGCAUACGGCUACGGGAGUGUGGCCUGGAAGGAGAGGAUGGAGGGCUGGAAGCACAAGCAAGAGAGGAUGCAACAGCUCAGGAGCGAGGGUGGUGAUUGGGAUGGUGAUGGUGAUGCAGAUCUGCCACUAAUGGAUGAAGCUCGACAGCCCUUGUCAAGAAAAGUCCCAAUUCCUUCAAGCCGAAUAAAUCCCUAUAGGAUGAUUAUCAUUAUCCGGUUGGUGGUUUUGGGGUUCUUCUUCCACUACCGAGUGAUGCAUCCAGUGAAUGAUGCAUUUGCUUUAUGGCUCAUAUCCGUAAUCUGUGAAAUCUGGUUUGCCAUGUCUUGGAUUCUUGAUCAAUUCCCAAAGUGGCUUCCCAUCGAGAGAGAGACUUACCUGGACCGACUGUCACUAAGGUUUGAAAAGGAGGGGAAGCCUUCUCAGCUUGCUCCAAUUGACUUCUUCGUCAGUACAGUUGAUCCCUCAAAGGAACCUCCCUUGGUCACAGCGAACACUGUCCUUUCCAUCCUUUCUGUGGAUUAUCCUGUUGAUAAGGUUUCCUGCUAUGUUUCUGAUGAUGGUGCUGCAAUGCUUACAUUUGAAGCACUGUCUGAAACAUCCGAAUUUGCAAAGAAAUGGGUCCCUUUCAGCAAAAAGUUUAAUAUCGAGCCUCGUGCUCCAGAGUGGUACUUCCAGCAGAAGAUAGACUACCUGAAGGAUAAGGUGGCUGCAAACUUUGUUAGGGAGAGGAGAGCGAUGAAGAGAGAUUAUGAAGAAUUCAAGGUUAGAAUCAAUGCCUUGGUUGCCAAAGCUCAAAAGGUUCCGGAGGAAGGAUGGACAAUGCAGGACGGAAGCCCUUGGCCUGGAAAUAAUGUGCGCGAUCACCCUGGCAUGAUUCAGGUCUUCCUUGGACAAAGUGGUGGCCGUGAUGUGGAAGGAAAUGAGCUUCCUCGCUUGGUUUAUGUCUCAAGAGAAAAGAGGCCAGGCUAUGACCAUCAUAAAAAGGCUGGCGCAAUGAAUGCACUGGUCCGAGUCUCUGCUGUCCUUACAAAUGCUCCAUACAUGUUGAACUUGGAUUGUGAUCACUACAUCAACAAUAGCAAAGCCAUAAGGGAAGCAAUGUGUUUCAUGAUGGAUCCUUUGGUAGGGAAGAAAGUGUGCUAUGUGCAGUUCCCUCAGAGAUUUGAUGGUAUUGAUCGCCACGAUCGAUAUGCUAACAGAAACGUUGUCUUCUUUGAUAUUAAUAUGAAAGGCUUGGAUGGCAUUCAAGGCCCUAUUUAUGUCGGUACUGGAUGUGUCUUUAGACGGCAAGCGUUGUAUGGUUAUGAUGCUCCCAAAACAAAGAAGCCUCCGUCAAGAACUUGCAACUGCUGGCCAAAGUGGUGCUGCUGUUUCUGGUGCACCGACAGGAACAAGAAGAAGACAACAAAAGCCAAGCCAGAGAAGAAGAAAAGAUUGUUUUUCAAGAGAGCAGAAAAUCAGUCUCCUGCAUAUGCUCUUGGUGAAAUUGAGGAAGGAAUUCCAGGAGCUGAAAAUGACAAGGCUGGAAUUGUAAAUCAAGAGAAGCUCGAAAAGAAAUUCGGGCAGUCUUCUGUUUUUGCUGCAUCAACACUUCUUGAGAAUGGUGGAACCCUGAAAAGUACAACCCCAGCUUCUCUACUAAAGGAAGCUAUACAUGUUAUCGGUUGUGGUUACGAAGACAAGACUGCCUGGGGGAAGGAGGUCGGCUGGAUUUAUGGAUCAAUUACGGAAGAUAUCCUGACUGGGUUUAAGAUGCACUGUCAUGGUUGGCGGUCAAUUUACUGCAUUCCAAAGCGGCCUGCAUUCAAAGGUUCUGCACCUUUGAAUCUUUCUGAUCGGCUUCACCAGGUUCUCCGUUGGGCCCUUGGAUCUGUUGAAAUUUUCUUCAGCAAUCAUUGCCCACUAUGGUAUGGGUAUGGUGGCGGACUAAAAUUCCUGGAGAGAUUUUCUUAUAUUAAUUCUAUCGUGUAUCCAUGGACGUCCAUUCCACUCUUGGCUUAUUGUACCUUGCCGGCCAUAUGCUUGCUCACGGGGAAAUUUAUCACUCCGGAGCUUAGCAAUGCUGCCAGUCUCUGGUUCAUGUCACUCUUCAUCUGUAUUUUCACCACUGGCAUCCUUGAAAUGAGAUGGAGUGGUGUGGCCAUUGAUGAUUGGUGGAGAAAUGAACAGUUUUGGGUUAUUGGAGGUGUUUCUGCACAUCUCUUUGCUAUAUUCCAAGGACUUCUGAAGGUCCUUGCUGGUGUCGAUACCAGCUUCACAGUGACAUCAAAGGGUGGAGAUGACGAAGAGUUCUCAGAGCUAUAUACUUUCAAAUGGACGACAUUGCUGAUACCCCCAACUACUCUGCUUAUGUUGAACUUCAUUGGGGUGGUAGCUGGAAUUUCCAAUGCGAUCAACAAUGGAUACGAGUCAUGGGGGCCUCUUUUUGGAAAGCUCUUCUUCGCAUUCUGGGUGAUUGUCCAUCUAUACCCAUUUCUCAAAGGUUUGGUCGGAAGACAAAACAGGACGCCAACAAUUGUCAUUGUCUGGUCCAUUCUCCUGGCUUCGAUCUUCUCGCUCCUGUGGGUCCGGGUUGAUCCUUUCCUUGCAAAGAAUGAUGGCCCUGUUCUGGAGCAAUGUGGUCUGGAUUGCAACUAAGCUGCUUUCUGGGCGUCAAUUCAAGCUUGAGGCACCACUUUUUUGGAAUUCUUUCCUGUAGAUAGAAAAUACAGAGACAUCUGGCAUUCAUUUCAUUCCAUGGUGGUAGGUCAGCCUUCUUGGGGAAAUUUCAGGCCAAUUGGGGCUAUGACCUGUGCAGUUCUUCCACAGAAGGUAGCCUCUGCUACUGCUGUCCAUUCUUCACAAUUCUUUAUUUAUUUGGGAGGGAAAUACAUCUGGUGUGCUCCAUUGAUCAAGAUUGCUUCAACCGAGUAUGGCCUCGCAGCAAGGCAGGGAUUGAUCUACCAUCUGGAGUGAUGAAGAUGCCAGGUGUUUAUUUAGAACUAUUAAGUUAUGCACAUUCCGGAGUUUGUUCAUUCCACGUCCCAUACAGUCGACAAUAUGCUAGCAUGGACAGAUGAGUAGGGUUUUAGCAACGUACUUCAAUUGAUCUUGAUGCUGUAAAACUGCCCGUUUGCGGAAACUCGUGGUGGGUAGUGUUGAUUGUUUAUGUAACAAUAUGUAUACUAUUACGGGACUGCAAAUGCCCAAAGAAUGAAAUAUUUCACAUUGGCCAUCCA